AUGUGUAGCCAACGUAUUGAAAAGCGUUAUUUCGCAUUUUCUCGCAAAUCAGCCGGCUAUGAAGCUGACGUCGCCGCCAUUAUUGUAAGUUAUGCCCCAUUGCUAGAAACGACGAUCGAUUCGGCCGUAGCAUCCAUCCUGAAUCAGGCGUUGAAGCCAGAGCCGUCAGAUGGCGAGUUUUCAGCCGAUUCCAAUGGCUCUUCUGCUCAUCGAAUGCCCAUGCAACCGAUGCCGCUUCCCAUAGGUAAUUGCAUUCAAAAUUUUCCAUCUUGCACUUUAUUGUAUGGCCUUUGCAGGUUGAAAUCGAUUUUCUGCUUUGUUGCUUUAAUUGCUAAAUUAGUUUGACA